AUGGCUGACAGCACUUGGGAUUCUGUGAGGUGGUUACAAUCACCCCAGAAUUACUGCCGACAUUUAAUUGAAAAUGCCCGAAAUUACCAAAUUAAUCAACGAUUGGAGGAGGAGGGCGGAGGGGCGGAGCAGGGAAGGCAAGGGCCCUCCAACCACAACGAUCAACAAUGGUCUGAAAAUUUGCUUGUCAGGUAG